CACUCCUUCUGGUUCUCUGACCUGUUACCCUACCUCAGUAUCGUUUGAUACACGUCUCCCUAAUCCUCUACUAUCUCGCUGUUUGUUUCACCCCUUUCUUCCACUCAUCUCUCCUCCCUGUCUCCUCCCCUCUGCCCUCCUCUCCUUCCUCUCUCUGGCUGCGCUAUCCCUGGGCCCCGUUAACCGACACCAGGAGAGUGAGAUUCCAGUAUAUGUUCUCCUGUACCCCAAGAUGGAUGCUUUUCUUAAUCAGUGGUUGUGGAGACAAGAGUUUUGGUUGCCACCAGGAGUGACAUGGGAGGACAUGGAGGGAACUGAUGGUGUUAUAUAUCCAAAGUCUCGAGAUCUGCUGCUGAGUGUGCCCUGUGCAUUGUUUUUUACAGCUGUUAGAUUUCUGUUUGAGAGGUUUGUGGCAUUACCAUUGAGUAGACACCUGGGUAUUCGGGAGAAAUACAGGAGGCAGCCCUCUGCAAACCCACUUUUGGAAGCUUUCUACGCAAAUGAAAAAAAGCAGCCCUUAGAGGCUGAAGUUCGGUACUUAUCAGCACAAUGUAAUAUGCAAAUUCGACAAGUUGAAAGCUGGUUUAGAUGCCGCAGAAAUCAAGACCGCCCAAGUAUAAGCAAGAAAUUUUGUGAGGCCAGCUGGAGAUUUGUCUUUUAUGUUAUUUCAUUCCUUACUGGCCUUGUUCUGCUAAAUGAUAAGCCAUGGUUGUGGGACCAGCGUGAAUUCUGGACAGAUUAUCCCUAUCAGCCCUUAAUCUCAUCUUUAUACUGGUAUUACAUAAUGGAACUAGGAUUUUACAGUUCCCUUCUACUCACCAUAUCAUUUGAUGUAAAGAGAAAGGACCUGAAAGAGCAGAUUGUUCAUCAUUUGGCCACCAUCUUUCUAAUAAUAUUCUCGUACUGUGCCAACUAUAUACGUGCAGGAAGCCUGGUAAUGCUACUACAUGACACAGCAGAUUACAUCUUGGAGUUAGCAAAGAUGUUUAAUUACUCCAAGUGGAAGAGGGUGUGCGAUGUGCUGUUUAUCAUCUUUGCAGUGGUUUUUAUUGUCACUCGACUGGUUCUGCUUCCAACAAGGGUUAUUUACAGCACUUACUACUUCUCCAUGGAAAUAUUUCAACCAUUUUUUGGAUACUAUUUUUUUAAUGUGCUUUUAAUGGUCCUUCAGAUUCUUCAUGUGUUCUGGGCUUAUCUAAUCCUACGCAUGGUUUACAGAUUCACAUUUGUUGGGACGGUGGAAAAUGAUGUAAGAAGUGACAUUGAAGAGAGUGAGGACAGUGGACAAGAAAAUUUUAGGCCUCCUGAGAGAGAAAAGGGAUCUAACCACUGGAGAAGUAGGAACAAUAAUUGUGUCCCCCACAAACCUGCUGAAAAUGGUGCUUCCCAAGUCAUAAAUGGCCACUCCAAGACCAGUUAACCCUUGCUUUUACCUGUGGACUUCCCUACAGCCAGACUGCACAGAGUCUGACAUAUUCAAGAAAAAUUUUAUGUCUGAUUAUUCCCUAUAUUGCAAGAGACACAAGUACAUUCUAUGGCAGAAUCAUGCAUUGUGGAUGUAUUUGCCUGUGAAGUGGUUAUAGAAAGUGUAUGUAGUGCUCUAAUGUACACAGCUAUUUGGGGUUUUCUACCUUAGUAACUGUAGACCUAACAAUAUAUGUGGCUACUUCAAAUGCUUACCACUGAGGCAUACUAAAAUGUUCUGGGAAAUACAGUAAAUGUUCACAACAUAUCCUUAGUGCAUUCUGUUGCAAUAGACUGAAUAAUUCUAUUUCCUUGAAUCCGUUACAAUUUCUUUAAUUAAACAUAGCAGGACAAUUAUUACAUUAUCAUCAUGAUCAUAUACAUAGAAUAAUGAAAAUGUUGUAUAGUUUGGCAGUGACUUACAAAUAUGUGUGAUGUGUAAAUAACAUGGGUGUAACAACAAAGAAAUAACUACUGGAACAAAAUUACACAAAAGUAAAAUAGUGGUACCUAAGUUUACUGUUAUGGAACAAACUUGCAGUAAAGCACAUUUUGGAGUUAGAGGAUUAGUCCCAAAUCAGAGUUAAGGUUAAGAUUAACUCAUUUGGCAAGGUCAGCAAACAAGCAGAUCUCCCCUAGGAACAAACAAUUGAAUUACAACAAGUAUAGGAGCCGUCAGACUGAGAUCCGCAUGAAUGAGCCAAUGCAGUCUCAGAUUAGAUGGGAAAAUUGAACCUGCCUCGUAAAUGGGCAGAUAAGUUGCCAAAUCAGUCUAUAGGGCAGGUUAAAUCAGCAGGUAUGGCCACCUUUAGGUUUGGCAAACAACUGUUCUAUGGGUUUUAAAGACCACAACAAAAUUGUUAAAGUAUUAUGGUGCCUGUGCCUAAAAGUUAAUUGAUCCAGAGGAAGGCGGAAAAAAAACAUCAAAACAAACAUACAGACCAUCUCUGGAUCAACUUUGUUCUAAAAGUUAACUUUAGCAUCUGAUGUUGGGGAAUUAGGUUAGUGUUCAUUCAUACUAUGAAUGAUUAGUAGGGUUGAAAACAAGCUCAUGGUUUGGUGCAAGUAAGUCAUGGCUUUUCACUUCCAUCUCAGAAAACCAGUUCUGUGCAGCACUUGCUUUGGGUAAUUUUUAUGCUGGAAAGGUAAGUGGCCUUCCCCAAAACGUUGUUACAAAUUAGGAAACACACACACACAAUUUUGAAGAAUGACUGUAUGUUAUGGCAUUAAGGUUACAUUUCUGGAAUCAGAGGCUCUAGCUUAUACCAUGAAAAACAACUUCAGCGAACUGUAAAGGUGGCAUUACACAUAAAGGCAGGUAGUUUUCUCCUAACACCAGUCAAGCUCAGACCAUGUCAAGCUGAUAACAAAAUGGGAUUCAUUACUCCAGAGAAUGUAUUUCCACUGCACAGUCCAAUGGCAGCAAUCAUUACACACCUGAAGCUAACAUUUGUUAUUGGGCACAGUUAUAUUUGCGUAGUGCUGCUUUCACCAGUGGAACCCCACAUUCACAAGCAUCCAAUAAAUAGUUAUUGUGCUGACUGAUUCCAAAAACAGUUUGAAACUUGCCAGGGAGUGUUCUAGUUGAGGACAUGUAUGUAUAUAAUUAUGUAUGUAUGUAAUUUUAUGCACUACAUACUUCAGCACUCUGCAAUUGCUUAAUGUAAGUUUGUUUCGACUACCA